AUGUCUUCUCGAGUGUCCAGGAAUCAAAUUGAGGCAGAUGAGGGAACAAGAGUAAGUGGCACCAAGAUUACGAGAUUUGAAACGACAUCUGCUGAACUGAUGCCCAUGAAGGCACGCCGUGAGCGUGGUCGACAAUCUCAGGCUGCCUUCCGCAAGCGCCAGGCGCAAUUCAGCCGGGAUUUGAAGAGCAAAAAUCACCAGCUCACACGGAGUAUUGAAAGAGUCCUUGAUUGUAUUCAAGGCGACGAGCGCUCAGACCUACUGGACGCCGUUUGUGAAAUGGCUCACACAGCCGGGAUUAAAACCUCACAUGAAGGCGAACAGGGACUAGCGGAGGGCAAUCGUUUCGUCAACUGGUACCCAAAUGAUCUGGCUGUUAGAACCAAUGAGGAACUGGAUGAUGAAUUCAGGUUUCCAGACAAGUCCCCAAAGCUACAUUACAAUGGAAUACGUCUUAAUCCAUUCCACUACAUGAGCAUCUCAAUACCACCCGCAGAUAUCGUGCCAUAUCUCGGUGCAGGCUCAAAGACAUUUGCAGGUAGACUGUUCUGGUUCAUGUUAGAGCAUAGUCAAGGUCGGUGCGAGAACAAUCACGAAGGGCCGGUAGACUUCCAUCAGAGGAUUGCUGGUCACUCUCAAGCAAUGGAAGGAGUGAGUCUAUCAUUUGCCAAAACGAUGGUAGAGGCAAGGUUACAACACAGACGUACGGGAUUUGUUGCUGCAGAAAUUGCUUCAGCAGCAGAGCUAGACUUGGCUAUGGUCAUCUGCACAAAGGUGCAGGAAGAAUAUGAAAAGAAGGGAGAUAACAUGGCACAGUGGAUGUCCUGCCAGGCUGUUGAGGAGCACAUUCAAGAGAUCCUCGGUGAGGAUACAUUCACCAGGCUCCAGGGGGCCUUUUUAGAAGACGGGCAUCCGUUUGCGAGAAAAGAGGUCGAGAAACUCUAUUGCAAGUUGUUUGAUACAUUCGUGUGUUUUGGGGAUGGCCCAAGGUGGACGAUUCACACUGUCAAUGAGCUGGUCUUUGAAUGGAUCAUGUCGGCUUUUGAAGCAACAGAGAAGAGGUACUUGGCUGGGGAUUUUGACACGGAACGUACUUUGUUUUCUUCAUAA